GGCCGCGUCCCGAGGGGCCGGGAGCGAGCCUGUUGGAAGGUGGGAGGCGGAGUCGCUCGGCAUCUGGGAAGAGACCAAAGGAAUGAGUAAUUGGAAAUUCUGUAACGUAGACCCUUAUCCCAAACCCUUAAGCUCUUCCACCCCAAGCCCCCUGCCGAGAAGCGAAGGGACUGGAGACAGCGAGACUUGGUGGAGGGAGAGUCACGUUUCGGAGAGGGAAGUGAAAUAAAGAGGGCGGCACCCGGGGGGACCUGUGCGUCAUUGAGGGACCGAGGAGAAGCGCAGGGCGCACGGGGCUGCAAAAGGAGAAGUAGGAACGAGAAGCCGGAGGGGGCGGCCGCGGAGCACCGGUUGGAGCGCCGCGAAGCGCCCGAGCCUCUUGCCUUCGCGGGCGGCGCCCUGGCCGCCGGCAGCCUUGUGGCCGGUGCCCCGAUCCGCCGCGCUCCGGACCAGGGCAGGCGGGGCGCGCCCGCUGCGCGCAGGAUGUGGCAGCCCAGACGGCCCUGGCCCCGCGUGCCCUGGCGCUGGGCGCUGGCGCUGCUGGCCCUGGGCGGCGCGGGGCUGUGCCACGCCGGCCCGCAGCCCGGGUAUCCCGCGCGGCCCAGCGCCAGGAACAAGAACUGGUGCGCCUACAUCGUGAACAAGAAUGUGAGCUGCUCUGUGCUGGAGGGAAGUGAGAGUUUUAUUCAGGCUCAGUACAACUGUGCCUGGAACCAGAUGCCCUGUCCGUCGGCGCUGGUGUAUCGAGUGAACUUCAGACCUAGAUAUGUCACUAGGUAUAAGACAGUGACACAGUUGGAAUGGAGGUGCUGUCCUGGCUUUAGAGGGGGAGAUUGCCAAGAAGGUCCCAAAGACCCCGUGAAGACCCUCCGCCCCACGCCGGCUCGGCCUCGAAACAGCUUGAAGAAAGCCACAGAUAAUGAACCCAGCCAAUUCUCAGAGCCCAAGAAGACUUUGUCCCCAACUGGUACAGCACAACCAAGCUGGGGGGUAGAUCCAAAAGAGGGGCCUCAGGAACUUCAGGAAAAGAAGAUACAGGUGCUAGAGGAGAAGGUUCUUCGACUCACAAGGACGGUUCUUGACCUCCAGUCUUCCCUUGCUGGAGUGAGUGAAAAUCUCAAACAUGCCACUCAGGAUGAUGCCAGUAGAACACGGGCACCAGGGCUCAGCAGCCAGCACCCCAAGCCUGACACCACUGUUAGUGGAGACACAGAAACGGGCCAGAGUCCUGGUGUCUUCAACACUAAGGAAUCUGGCGUGAAGGACAUCAAGUCUGAAUUGGCUGAAGUCAAAGAUACUCUAAAGAACAAAAGUGACAAGCUGGAAGAGCUGGAUGGAAAAGUGAAGGGCUACGAAGGGCAGCUCAGACAGCUCCAGGAAGCAGCUCAGGGCCCGACGGUGACCAUGACAACCAUCGAACUCUACCAAGCCUAUGUGGACAGUAAGAUUGACGCCCUGAGAGAGGAGCUCAUGCAGGGCAUGGACAGAAAGCUGGCUGAUCUGAAAAACUCAUGUGAGUACAAGCUCACUGGCCUCCAGCAGCAGUGUGAUGACUAUGGGAGCAGCUACCUGGGAGUGAUAGAGCUCAUAGGGGAGAAGGAAACAAGCCUGAGAAAAGAAAUAAAUAACCUCCGAGCCCGGCUACAGGAGCCUUCAGCCCAGGCAAAUUGCUGCGACAGUGAAAAGAAUGGUGACAUUGGUCAACAGAUCAAGACAUUGGACCAGAAAAUCGAGAGAGUUGCUGAAGCCACCAGAAUGCUGAAUGGAAGACUGGACAAUGAGUUUGACCGCCUUAUAGUUCCAGAGCCAGAUGUGGAUUUUGAUGCAAAAUGGAAUGAACUCGAUGCAAGGAUCAAUGUGACGGAGAAGAACGCUGAAGAACAUUGCUUUUACAUUGAGGAAACCCUUCGGGGGACCAUUAGUGGAGAGGUGGGUGACUUGAAGCAGCUUGUUGAUCAGAAAAUACAGUCUCUGGAAGACCGUCUGGGGAGCGUUCUCCUACAGAUGACCAACAACACUGGUGCAGAGCUCAGUCCCCCAGGGGCAGCAGCCCUGCCGGGAGUGUCAGGGUCAGGAGAUGAACGGGUCAUGAUGGAAUUAAACCACCUGAAGGACAAAGUUCAAGUUGUUGAAGACAUUUGCCUGCAGAACAUCCAGGGAAAGCCUCAUGGGAUGGAAGGUGCCUUGCCAAACAGGGAAGACCGCGCAGUACGCGACAGCCUGCACCUUUUGAAAUCUCUCAACGACACGAUGCACAGGAAGUUUCAAGAAACCGAACAAACCAUCCAGAAACUUCAACAGGAUUUUAGUUUUCUUUAUUCUCAAUUAAACCACACAGAAAAUGAUGUGACUCAUCUUCAGAAGGAAAUGAGCAAUUGUAGGGCAGGUGAAAACGCUGGCAUGGGUGGGUUCACUAAGGUGGGUGAGCAAGAAAGGACAGUGGACACCCUGCCAUCCCCCCAGCACCCCGUGGCUCAUUGCUGCAGUCAGCUGGAGGAGAGGUGGCAGAGGUUGCAGAGCCAGGUCAUCUCAGAGCUGGAUGCUUGUAAGGAAUGCACGCAGGGGGUCCAGAGGGAGGUCUCCAUGGUGGAGGGCAGGGUGUCUCAUAUGGAGAAAACUUGCAGCAAGCUGGACUCUAUCUCAGGAAAUCUUCAGAGGAUCAAGGAGGGGCUCAACAAGCAUGUCAGCAGCCUGUGGAACUGUGUCAGGCAGAUGAACGGAACGCUCAGGUCGCAUUCCAGAGACAUUUCUGGCCUGAAGAAUUCAGUCCAGCAGUUCUACAGCCACGUCUUCCAGAUUUCUACUGAUUUGCAAGAUCUGGUCAAAUUUCAACCAUCAGCAACAGAGGAGCCCUCGGAGGCACCCUCGACCUGGCCGCCCGCAGAGGCCCCCAAGGAGCCGCUGCAGCCCGAGCCCACCCCGCCGAGGCCCAGCGGCCCCGCAACCCCAGAGGACCCUGGGCGACGGCCGUCCGUGGGCCAUCGGCCCGUCCUGCCCCAUUGGCCUGUCCUGCCCCAGCGGCCCCUGCUGCCGCGGCCCCCUGAGGAGAGGCCGCCCCCGCCCGCCUGGCCCGGCCGGACUGCGCUGCCCCAGCUGCCAGGCUCCACCGGGGUCAUCAUGGAGACGGGCCAGGCCGGGCCUCCCGCAGGCGCAGGCGUGUCUGGGCGGGGUCUGCCGCGGGGCGUGGACGGCCAGACCGGGAGCGGGACCGUACCCAGCGCAGAAGGCUUUGCGGGCGCACCAGGAUACCCGAAGUCACCUCCUGUAGCUUCCCCAGGAGCUCCGGUGCCUUCUCUGGUGUCUUUUUCUGCGGGGCUCACCCAGAAGCCUUUCCCCAGUGAUGGGGGCGUUGUCCUCUUUAACAAAGUGCUGGUGAACGACGGGGAUGUUUACAACCCCAGCACCGGGGUCUUCACGGCUCCUUAUGACGGGCGCUACCUGAUCACGGCCACCCUCACCCCCGAGAGAGACGCCUACGUGGAAGCAGUGCUGUCAGUCUCCAACGCCAGCGUGGCCCAGCUGCAUACCGCUGGGUACAGGAGAGAGUUCCUGGAAUACCACCGCCCUCCAGGGGCUUUGCAUACCUGUGGGGGCCCGGGGGCAUUCCACCUCAUCGUGCACCUGAAGGCGGGAGAUGCAGUCAACGUCGUGGUGACUGGGGGCAAGCUGGCUCACACAGACUUUGACGAAAUGUACUCCACAUUUAGUGGGGUUUUCUUAUAUCCUUUCCUUUCCCACCUCUAAGGUGGCUGGGGAGACGUCAGGGGAAGAUAGUUGUAAAAACUCUAAAGCUUUAAUAUAUUCGGUUUUGUAUGUAAUGGAAGCACGGGGCUAGAGUUUCCACAUAUGCCCACCACCUGUCCCCAACAUAAAGACCAUUCCUCACUGUUGAGGCCACCAUACCUUACUGCAUCCAGCCAGGCUGCAAAGAGUGAGGCACACGGUGAAUGUGGCCACUGACUUUUCUGCCACUCUAACUGGACAACUGGAAGACUUGGAAAGGCCUCCACCUGUCUCUACACUCUGAGGGCCCUGGACUGGGCCUGAGCUUGCCACAGAGGCUCUGUCUGACUGUGGGCUGGGAGGAGGGAGGCAGGGGAGAGCCGGUCACUGUGGCUGGUCUUUACUGCAGGGCAGCACUGUGGCCAGCUGUCUUUACACUGCACGCAGAAGUUUAAACACUGAAGUGCCGAAGUGGCCCGUGCCACCGCACAGAGACCCCGACUUUAGUUUGGGCUGUUCCACGCUUGGCUCACCAUUGCCGCCUGGGACUUAGCCUGCUCAGGCGGGCCUUGGCCCAGCUGCAAAUAGGGAUGCGUUAGAGACUGUUCCCAAAGCUUGUUGGGCUCCUUAAAUGGCAUGUACAAUUUAAGUGCAAAGACAGGGAGUGUCAAUAAAGAUGUAAAGCCAUUUCCAGUUA